GUGUUGCAGAUGUACCUGCCGUUCUGUGGCAUCGCCAUCUCAAACGCCCAGCUCUUCGCUGCCUCCAGGAAAGAGUACGACAGGAGCAGGGCUCUUCUAGAGGUUGUGAACGAUUUGUUCGAAGAGCAGACCGAUUUGGAGAAGAUCGUGAGGAAGAUCAUGCAUCGAGCUCAGACCCUGCUGAAGUGUGAACGCUGCUCCGUCCAGCUUCUGGAGGACAUCGAAUCUCCAGUGGUGAAGUUUACCAAGUCCUUUGAGCUUCUGUCACCCAAGUGCAGCGCCGACAUGGAGAACAGGUGUGACUAA